GGCUUCGCCUCUCUAUAGAGACACAGACGCUCGCUGAGAAGGAAGACGCCCGCGCGCAUGAACACGUUUGCGCCUUCUUACUGUCUGUACAGCGCAGUUGCAUUUCGGCAGCGUUUCUACACAUCUGCACUAAGCGUGAUGACAUCAUUCAGGUAUUGUCUGACGCUUCCCAAUUCCUAACCACAUUACCAUGGCAACAGGAAGAAAAGGCUCCACCUCCAAGGUGGGUGGGGUGCAUUUCCCUGACGAUGAUGAGCCCCCCGGCUCUCCAACACGGAGAGACGACCAGUCAAACCUCUCUACUCUCAUUGCUAUCCUAGAGAAGGAUGGCAGCUAUUUGGUCAAGGCUGGUUUCCUAAAGAGCCACCACUGUUAUGAGAUUGUCUUCACCAUCCUUGAUGUCCCCACACUUGGCAAAGACCUCUCCUGUAGUCCUUCCACCUCUCCAACUCGGAGGUCCUCCAGCCUCUGGGUCCAUCGUAUAAACUCCACACUGGAGGGAGGAGUAAAAGUAACGUGUGAGUACAGGACUCACCAGGAGGGGGUGCUGCAGGAGGAGAUCACUCUUGUAACCAGAGGGAGAAAAGACAACAGUCUGAAGGUCAGACUCCAGGCCAGGGUCAUUGACCCACAUCACGGGACUCCCAUGCUGCUGGAGGGGGUGAGGUGCCUGGGUGCUCAGAAAGACACCCACACAAGGCACAGCAGCGACUGUAAGAGGAUCUGAUGAAAAGAUACACACAUAUAAUCUAUAUGUAAAUAUCUACAACAGUGUUAUUCAGUGACUGGGUCAGGAUGCAGAGUGGUAGUAUGAAAACACCCAAGUGUGUUUCCCAAAUUAUAAACAGCUUUAUUGGACUGGUAGGUCCAAUAAUAGGUCUGUGAUGCUAUGUUUUGCUAUGUGGUAGUCCAAAAUAUUUGUUGGAAAAUAACAAGUCAGUCAAAUACCUAAUUCAAAUUGAUGAAUUUUCAAUUAAUCAAAAAUGCAGAGUCAUAAAAAUAUAUGCUUGAUAAUGAGUCUCCUCAGCAAGAAAGCUUAAAUACCACCAGCCUACAGCUCUAGAUGGUAUUUGACAACUGCUAUUUAGAUUGCCAUGAAGCCUCUGUUGUUGGAGGUACAGUACCCCCACCACCACCACCACACACACAUCCCAAGCCACUGCCUGGACAAAUAUAAGUCAUGAUCAGCACCACACAUAUAAACUGUAAAGUAAAUGUAAAUAAAUAGUUUAUCAUUUUAUAGCAGCCCAACCAAGGAAAACUGUGAACUAUGAUUUUGACAUUUGCAUAAUGGUAAUAGUGCAAUAAUCAAUGUUAUUUGAUCUUUGCACAAAAUGUCAAUGGUGGUUUCAUGAGUGUCGCUGAGUUAGCCAGUUAUUCCUCUGUUAACUUCAAUGGCUUCUAAAACAGAGCCAGCUGGCAACCAGUCACUCACAUUUCUUAGGUCUUCUCUUAAGUAGCAGGCAGUAAGCUUGAAAUUCAAAAUAAGUCAAAUCUCAAUGUAGAAUUAGCCAAAAUCUAUGUGAUCUAGUUAGCAGGGUUUGUGCAGCAUGACACACAUUUACCGCUGUUGUUGUAGUUUCUCGCGGCUGCCACCAAAUAUUUUACUGAUUGCACCAUACUAUUGCACCAAUACAAUUAUCAUUGUGCUAUUGAUAUAUUAUGUGAAGAAAAUUGAUUCAACCUUUAGUGACAACAGUUUAUCUGGGGUCUCUUGUUCAAGUGCACUGUGGCAGCAUUGGCACUGUUUGCAAUGACUGCUCAGCAGCUUUCUUAACCAAUCCACCUGUCUGCCAUCACACUUUACUAUCAGAUGACAAAAGGGGUUAUUUUAUUCCUGUAUUUCGAAGUAGCCAUACAUGAAAAAAGAGGAGAUAAUGAGUAUAUAACCAUACUGUCUGAUGUAUGUAUUUUUAACAGUGGCUGGCAAUUAAAACUGUAUAAUAUGGGACAUUGCAUUACAAAGUAUUAAACAGCAUGAUACUAUUAAAAUAUGUGUGUGUCAUCUUAAAAAGCAGAAUGUAUUGUCCAAACACCAUCUUUUAAGACCACAAAUUCUUUGACUCUUUGUGGGGCAGAGCAAAAUCUGAACUGGGGGAAAAAAUUUGUUUCUCUUGAGCAGGAAAUUCCAUUAUUAUUAUUAUUAAUAUUAUCUUUCUGCUAAUCUUUUAUAACUAAGGAGUACUUUUCUCAGAAUCAAAUUCUGAUACUGAUAAUACACAUGAAGAGGGCUACGCUAACGUCAACAGAAAAGAUGCUUAAGGCAGAUAAAUAUUUUUUGCCGAAACUAUGACAGCUUACAUCAGCAAAUGAUACAACAAGAUGUCAGGUAUGUGUUGUUUUACUGUAUACUGUUAAUGCUGUAACAGAGAAGGAGAUUGGGGAGUUUUUCCCUAUAUUUGCAUGAUUUAUACUGUAUGUCAUGAAGUGUAACCAUGAUAGGCCUUAGUGGAAAUGUGUCAAAUGUUUGUUUGUUUGCUAUACUGUAUGGUAAAUGGUAAUGGUAAAUGGACUGAACUUGUAUAGCGCAUUUCUAGUCUUCUGACCACUCAAAGCACUUCACACUAGAUAUCACAUUCACCCCAAUCACACACUGAUGGCAGGUGCUAACUGCUCAAACAGAGCUCUUGGCUCUUUGCGGUGGAGACCACGAUCUCUGUAUGCUGAGCCCAUCUGCAGAUGCUGAAAUAAACUUCCCCAAAGUUUUUAGGGGUUCAUCUUUAUUUAACACAGAUUUCCACCACAAUAUCCUCAAAUUGUUCAACCCUAGUGGCAGUUGAGCAAAGCUUAGCUGAGGCUUCAUAGUAACACUUUAUCAUACCAGUGGCCUAUUACUCCUCAACAUGAAUGUUUAAGUGUUGGAACAGGUAUUAGAGCUCCAUUCCAACACUUACACAUUCAUCAGAAUCAGAAAUACUUUAUUGAUCCCCGAGGAUCUCUAAUACCUGUGAUCUACCAAAGGCACAUUAAUGACCAAACAGAACUAUUCUGAAUACAUUUUCUGCUCCUUUAAACAUUGCUGAUUGUGGAAGCGCGGCCUGCAGUGUGUGUUCAUAUGUGGUGCUCUGCUGUCUGACUGUGACCUGCCACCAUACAUUGUGUCAUUUUGCUGUUUACCUGAAUGUAAAUAAAGUAUCCUCCCACAUGUA